AUGGCGAAGAGCAGAUCGAAAACAGACUGGACGCUCGCGAGGGCGAAAAAGAGGAUAAUCACUCGCGAGCUCAACGGAACGACCUUGGAGGCAUUCUGGUCUAAUCUUGCUUUCAUGCUCACUGUUGUCAUCAGCCAGCCAAUCUAUACAAGCGUCUCAGAUGUCAUCGGGCGCAAACCCCCAUUCUAUACUGGCUUCGCGAUAUUCUUCGUUGGGUCUAUAGUCUUUGCUCUAGCAAAAAGCAUGCCAGUUCUGAUUGUUGGUCGUCUACUGCAAGGGCUUGGAGGCGGAGGCCUGGAUGUACUCAGCGAAGUGAUACUAGCCGAUAUCACGACGCUACAGGAACGUCCACUGUACCUGGGUCUACUGGCGCUCCCCAUGGCAGGAGGUGGUGUGUGCGGGCCUAUAGUUGGUGCCGCUCUAACUGAAUCAGCGGUCUUGGUCUUACCUGGAAGUGCUACAAUCAUCGCCUUCAGCGUUCUUGCAGCCGUCAUUGUCGAGGUGUAUCGGAAAUACCGCUGGAUCAUCAUCUGCAAUUGGGUGAUUGCAUCUUGCGGCGUCGGACUGUGGGCUCUAUGGUCUCCCGAAUCAUCCGUCGCUCAAACAACCGGCUUACAAAUUUUCGCUGGCAUCGGCAUCGGAACGGUCUUUACGAUGUUGACCAUUCCCAACCAGACAAGUGUGACAGACGUAAAUGACUGUGGAAUCGCGGCCGGUGUUCUUGUUUCCUUCCGGUUGUUUGGUGGGCUGAUCGGCCUGGCGAUAUGCGCGGGAGUCUUCAACAACGUCUUUGAGAACAACAUCUCGUCUCUGACUUCCGUUCCGCAAGAGCUUGAGCUGCUUAGGGAUGUUCGAGAAGCUGUCAGCUUUAUUCCUGCUUUAAGAGAGAUCGAUUUGGAACCUGAUUUGCUGAGCCCCAUACUUAAGGUGUACAAGCAAUGCUUCAAGGCCGCAUUCUUGACACUCGCGGGACUGAAACCGGAAGGCAGCUAUUUGUAG